AUGAGCUCGUCAAAUGGGCGUACCGGAUCUGGCUCCAUUGACCCUUAUUCCAAUGCCGACGUCUACUAUGGUGCUGAGGAUACCCUCAAAAAUUUUAGACCGAGAGGCCGUGCUUUCUCUGUGGGAUUGAACGACGCCAGCCGCGGCGACAUCAAUGAAUUCUUGGGAAAUUUGCCUUCACGACGUGGUAGUCACGAUGAGGCGUCAGGACAACCUCGCAAGUUCCUCAUCGAGGUGGAGGAGACACUCCAAGCUCUCUUGAAACAAGAAGAUACGGAUAGUAAUAUGCAGAUCACCAUUGAGGAUGUCGGACCGAAGGUGCUGUCGGUCGGAACUGCGGCAUCAUCCGGUUACAAUCGAGUCGAUGUGCGGGGCACAUACAUGCUCUCCAACCUUCUUCAGGAGCUCACAAUCGCCAAAGAUUACGGUCGCAAGCACAUCAUCCUUGAUGAAGCACGUCUCAGCGAGAACCCCGUUGCACGACUCUCCCGUCUUAUCAAGAACUCAUUUUGGAAAGCCCUCACAAGGCGUAUUGAUGGCCAUAACAUUGAAGUGGCCGGUAGAGAUCCUAAAGAUUGGACGGAUGAUCCUCGGCCACGUAUCUACAUCCCGCCAGGUGCUCCCGAGCAAUUUGACUACUAUGCGCAGAUUGCAAAGGACCACCCCGAGCUGCGUCUCGAUGUGCAGAUGCUCCCCGCUGAGAUUACACCUGACUAUGUCAUGCAGCUUAAUGACAAGCCAGGUCUUCUGGCGCUUGCCAUGCAGAAGAAAUUCAACGAAACAACCGAUAAGACCGAGUUAGUCGGUGUGCCAUUCGUGGUACCAGGAGGUCGCUUUAACGAGCUUUACGGCUGGGAUAGCUACAUGGAGUCCCUGGGCUUGCUCGUCAGUGACCGCGUUGAUCUCGCUAAAGGUAUGGUCGUCAACUUCUGCUUCGAGAUUAAGCACUACGGCAAGAUCCUCAAUGCCAAUCGGUCCUACUACCUCACACGCUCGCAGCCCCCAUUCCUGACUGACAUGGCACUGCGUGUCUAUGAGAGAAUUAAGACCGAGCCCGAUUCAAAGGAAUUCUUGCGCAACUCCGUCCUUGCUGCCAUUAAGGAGUACCACAGUGUCUGGGCUUGUGCGCCUCGCCUCGACCCAGUGACAGGCUUGUCUAGGUAUCGCCCCGAAGGCUGGGGCGUACCGCCUGAGACCGAGCCCUCCCACUUCGUGCACAUUCUUUCUCCAUACGCCGAGAAGCACGGCAUGACAUUCGAGCAGUUUGUCAAAGCAUACAACACCCGAACUAUCGUCGAGCCCGAACUCGACGAAUAUUUCAUGCACGAUCGAGCUGUCCGUGAAUCUGGCCAUGACACCAGCUACCGUCUAGAAGGUGUGUGUGGAAACCUCGCCACAGUCGAUCUCAACUCCCUGUUGUACAAAUACGAAGUCGACAUUGCGCGUAUCAUCCGUGUCCACUUCAACGACAAGCUCCCCAUCCCGUCCGAGUUCCGCACCCCUCUCACCAAGGAUAUCGAGUUUGAAUCCUCGGCCGCCUGGGACCGCCGCGCACGCAAACGCAAGCAGACAAUGGACAAGCUCCUGUGGGAUGCCGAGAAGGGCAUGUUCUUCGACUACGACACAGCGAAACAGCAGCGCCAAGAGUAUGAGACCGCGACAACCUUCUGGGCGAUGUGGGCGGGUCUCGCGUCGCCCCAGCAAGCUGCCGUGAUGGUUUCCAAGGCUCUGCCCCGCUUCGAAGCCUUUGGUGGCUUGGUCUCUGGUACAGAGGAGUCGCGCGGUGCCGUGGGCUUGGAACGACCCAACCGGCAGUGGGAUUACCCGUAUGGUUGGGCGCCGCAGCAGAUGCUUGCCUGGACGGGUUUCCUACGCUACGGGUACCAAGAGGAGGCUGAGCGACUGGCAUAUAAGUGGGUUUAUAUGAUUACCAAGGCGUUUGUGGACUUCAACGGCGUUGUCGUGGAGAAAUAUGAUGUCACGAGGCCUAUUGACCCGCACCGGGUCGAUGCCGAGUAUGGUAACCAGGGCACUGACUUUAAGGGUGCGCCGCGAGAAGGCUUUGGCUGGGUUAACGCCAGUUAUGUCUACGGAUUGGAGAUUCUCAAUGCCCACAUGAGACGUUCUUUGGGCACAAUCACUCCAUAUGAGACAUACCACAAAGCGGUUGUUGCCAACGAUGCAUACUGA